CUUACUGGGAGUAGGCGGAGUGGCGAGGAGGCGGGGCCCUCCGAAUAGAGUUUGGGAAAUGAGAUUUAGGAGACUUAACUCAAGCUCGCAGGGAGCAUAGUAGAUUGUAAAAUUUAGUGAGGCAGUUUAGGGUAGUAGUUAAAAACCCAAUCUUUGGAGUCUGACUUGGCCUUAAACCCUAAAGCUGCCAUUGACUGGUUGUGCAACCUUGGGCAAGUCAUUUAAUUAGCUCUUCAACCUCAGUUUCUCUUGUAAAAUGAACUAAAUAUGAGAAUUUUCUGGCAUGUUGGUUCACUUGGCAAAUAUUUUUUGUAAAAUAUCUUCUCUGUGCCAGACACUCCCGUAGGCACCCGGGAUACAGCAGUGCAGAGAGUGAAAGUUUCUGCUCUUGCAAAGUUUAUAUUCGCAGUGUGAGGGGACAGACAAUAUAGAUAAGUACGUUUACAAAUAAUCAAAAAGAUAAUUUCACAUAAUGACAAAUACUGCAGAGGAAAAUAUACAACUGGGUAGGUAAUAACGAUUUGGGGAUGGGGGUGGCUACUGUAGAUAGGAUAGUUUUAAGAAGGCAGCUCUGUGGAGAUUACAUUGGAGCUGAGAGGUUAAAGACAAAACAAUCAGAUAAGUAUAGGGGAUAGGGCCUUCCAGGAAGGGGGAUUCUCAGUAAGUUGAAGAAGUGAAAGAUCAGUGAGCAGUGAGUGGAGCUCGAUGUGCUUGGUUUGAAGAAACGGAUUCAUUUCUUGAUGGGAAGAAAAAUCUUGUUUAGUUUUUCACUUAUUUUUUUGUGUAUGGGAUUUUCACUAACUUUGGACCAGCUAUUUUCCAGGAAGAAUGUAAGUUCUCCAACAUCUUCAAGUAAAGAAGUGGUUAUAAAGAGUGAUCAACAGAAUAAUGAAGAUAUGAAACCAAUCCACAAUUUUACAAUACCAAUCACACAGGCUCUCAACUACAAUCUGAGCAAAGAAGGACAUUUAGAAAAAGAACCUUGGAAUUCAUUCAGCUAUCAUAGCCCAGUUAAUGUCUCCAUGGGUGGAAUUCCCUGCAUUCUCUUCUGGGCCAAAAGAAUCACAGUUAAAUUUAAGAAUCAGACCUGGCUGGACCUUACAGAUGAAGCAUUUGGUCAGAAGGCAACAGUGGACACUAGCAACUCAAAUUGCAGUGAAGAAAGUGCCUGGUUAUCUCUGAAGUUUGGUGAUGCUGAAAAUCCCAAAGGGCUUGAUAUAAGAUUCAUCCUUGCCAAUCACAACAAGUUGCCCAUGCAGAGCUGGUUUAGUCUGCACCGCGUCGAGAUUCUCUCCAACAAUUCCAUCCAAGCGAUCUUCAACGCCACCGGCAUCCGCGCCCCCUCGCGUUACUCCUACCGCUGCCCGCGCGUCAGCAGCCUGCAGCGGGGCGGCGCCCUCUUGCUGCCCAGCGACUCGGACGCUGUGACAGGCCUGUGGGAGGUCACUUUUGUUGAUUUCCAGAUCCAAGGCUUUGCCAUCAAGGGGGGACAGUUCGCCAAGGCCCGAGACUGUGCCUCUUCCUUCUCGCCAGCCGUGCUGAUCGGCCUGGCCACGUCGCUGAUCCUGUUGCUGGUGCUGGCCUACGCCCUGCACAUGCUCAUCUACCUGCGCUAUCUGGACCGGCACUACGAGUUCGUGGCGUCGCCUGUCCACUUCCCGCAGCUGAGAGCUCGAGACGCGGCCGAAGAGAAGGAGCUGCUGAGGGGCCAGGGCGCCGAGGGCUUCGAGCUCAGAAGCCAGCAGAUCAGCAAGAUUUACGUGUAAGGGCGCAGCCUCUCUCUCCCCAGCGACGAAAGUUGUUUGUGUUGUGUGCUGUUUGAUUGUCAAUUAAAGAUUUCCACCAAACAGAUUGAUUUUUAAAAAAAGGAAAUUUGUAAC